AUUUCCACAUUACAUUGAACUAAAAUAUACAUAAUACAGAGAAUUAAACUAACAAUCUCUAAGUAUCUUUGAUUGUCAUCGUAGUUUAUCAAUUAUUUACUUGUUUACGUCCAAAAAUCGCGAUCUUCGACAUGCUACCUACCUUGUACGUGUAGUUUUUAAAAGAUUUUACUAAGGAAAGUAUCUCCAAUAUUUUAACUAUGGCUCUGAAUACAAGUGAAAUUAGGAUCAAGAAUGAAACAAUUCCGUGGUUGUAUGCUAUUGAUUAUGAAGAUGCCAAUUGGGUCAUUACUAGCUCUUUUAUGAUAUUUACUAUGCAGACGGGCUUUGGGAUGCUGGAAUCUGGCUGUGUUUCCAUCAAAAAUGAAGUAAAUAUAAUGAUGAAAAAUGUCGUCGACAUUGUACUAGGCGGUUUAACAUACUGGAUGUUUGGUUACGCUCUUUCGUUCGGCAGAAGCGAGUACAACAACGGAUUCAUAGCACUCGGUGACUUUUUCAUCGAUCCUUCGGUAAGGGAUCCUUUGAAAGGAUCGAUAUACACUGCAUUUAUUUUUCAACUGUCAUUUGCCACUACUGCCACUACUAUAGUCAGUGGAGCUAUGGCUGAAAGAUGUAAUUUCAAAGCAUACUGCGUGUUUAGCUUUCUAAACACAGUCAUCUAUUGUAUUCCUGCUGGAUGGGUUUGGGGAGAUCAUGGCUUCCUUAAAAAUUUGGGAGCAGUAGAUAUUGCUGGGUCUGGUGCUGUACAUCUCAUAGGAGGCAGUGCAGCAUUUGCAAGUGCUGUUAUGCUGGGACCACGUCUAGGAAGAUACGACAAUGGUAUAACACCGUUACCAUUGGGAAAUCCCGUAAACGCCGUGAUGGGUCUGUUUGUUCUUUGGUGGGGAUGGUUGGCGUUUAAUUCUGGAAGUACUUACGGGUUGAGCGGUGAAAAAUGGCAAUACGCAGCUAAAGCGGCAGUGAUGACUAUGAUCGCUACUUUUGGGGGAGGCACGAUUAGCAUUUUGUACACGAUGAUUAAGCUGAGGGGAAAAAUUGACACAAUUGACAUCAUAAACGGGAUACUAGGAUCCCUGGUGUCAAUAACUGCUGGCUGUUUCCUGUAUCAAGGAUGGGAAGCACUUCUAGUGGGGACAUUGGGAGCUAUUCUAGUUUGCAGUUCCAUGCCUGUAUUUGAUAUGAUGGGCGUAGAUGAUCCUGUAGGAGCAAGCUCAGUCCAUGGUAUAGGUGGAAUAUGGGGGGUUAUAGCAGUUGGAAUUUUCGCUGAGGAUCCAAUCCCACUUGAUACUACAAGUGGCAGAAAUGGAAUUCUAAAAGGUGGCGGUUGGUACCUUCUAGCCAUUCAAACGCUAACAGCUCUAUGUUUACUCGCUUGGGGUGUACUUUCAACCUUCGUAUUGCUCUGGAUCAUCAACCAGUUUAUAACGAUCAGAAUGGAAGUUCAUACCGAGCUAAUGGGAGCAGAUAUCACCGAACACUUGGUCAAACAUGGACAUGUAAAUAUUGUUGGUGUGUCACGUGCAGUGUCAGCCUUUCGGCCAGUUUUCGACACCAACGACAUCGAUCAACUUAACACAGUGGGGAUGAAUCCGGAACAUCACAAGCACGUGGAUGCUGUCAAGAACAUGGCUAGGAAGAAACGUUACCGCCUGUCCAAAAUCCUGAGAGAUAUAACUAAAGACAGAAAUAUGGGUAUCAACGUAGCAAGGAAGUUGUUCCCGAAGAAAUCACAUAGCACCAAGCAGCCGAUGACUGCCUCUGUGGUACAUAAUGGGACAGAAGUGAAGAGCUCUCAACUGGCUUGGGUUCCCAUCAAAGAAUAAGGCGUUGACUUCUCGGGAAGAAUGUCAUCACCAUUCUAGAACAAGAAGCUUCUGAUUAAAUUGUAUUUCAAUCCAUCCAAACCUCAAAACUGUCAAAAUUUGUAGUGAUUAUAAUUAAUUAAAUAAACACACUUGUUAUUAA